UUGCGUUAGUAAAACCUCAUCGCCGACUUAUCCGGAGUAAAAAGGUAAAAGCAAUCUCCUAUACUACGUGUACGUGUGCAAUCAACACGGAUGGAUUGCAACAUGAUGGUCCGGAGAGCCAUUUGUUACUAUUUCUCUUUAACGAUAUCUUGCUUGGCACCAGAAUUCGUACCAAGACUCUCCCUGAUGGAACCAUGACACCGGUCAAAAGACAACAGAGCCAGCAUGAGGCUUAUGGAGCACAAGAACUACCUCCACUCUUGGUAGAGCCAAUGCAAUACGAAAGUGCUAUAUUGAUUCAGCUGCUUGAGGCUUCGAUAGUCAAUCAAACAGUGCAAGAAGAGGACUUCAAAUUGACAAGAAUGCAUGUGCAUAUUGAAGACAAUCACGGACAGGUACUUCUCUUUGAGGUGCAAAACGGAGAGGAUCAUCAAAUCUGGUUGUCAGAGCUGUCUGCAGCAAUUCAGUCCGCAAACUCUCAAUUGACAUCACCCUACGAAUUCCCAACUUGGUCAUAAUGGUGUACCCUUCAUUCUCAGAUGGAUACCCCUCUCCAUUGGCCUUGUCACAGUGAAAACGCACAUAGAUUGAUGGGUGCUGGAACUGCACGCGUGGUCCAAGAUAUCUCUAGAUUUUUGAAUGACUUCCUUUUUGGAUUAUUACGACUCAGAUCAUGAAAAAAAUUCUUAGCGUC